AUUUUUACUUCGGUUCGUGUUGAGAAGUUGUUAUGGAGGGAAAAUGGUCGCUUGCUUUGCCGAUUUUUUAUACCUUUUAACAUUGAUAUAUCUUAAUUUUCUUAUAACAAACGGAGAGAGAACAUAUCGAGUGAACGACUUUGCAAACGCGGGUUCGUUUGGUCAAGAUGUCGUAGAAAGUCCAGAAUAUUAUCCUUCAAAUGAAUUAUAUAAUAAAAACGGAGAAUUGAGAAGUAAUAGUGGAAAAUUACCAAGAAUAAAUCAAGUCGUCCGCCAUGUGAAAAGACUUUCAAAGUAUAAACUGCCUUCGCGGGGCCAUGGUACGGCUUCGAAGGCAGAUAACAACUUGGCGGCAAAAACCGAAAGCAUCGAUCGACAAUAUAUUCUAGUCCUCAAUGUUGGCAUUCCAUCAAAGUCAUUCAAUUCAUUCAAAGAAAAAUCACUCAGCAGUUUGCUGACAAAARGCUUGGAUAAUGAUGCAUUUCCUGGCUCAAAAUGCAAUAUAUUACACAAUACACCUAUAAGCAAAGCAAAAGUCCAACUUGAAGUCUUCUGUCAAAAUGGCAAGAGGGAAACCACAUAUAUACCUGCUCCAUCCCUGUUGAAAUCACUGGACUCCCCACAGAUGAAGCCAUUUAUCAAAAAAUUUAACAUAACAGCRUAUGGGGUGAAGAACCCACCAGAGAUCAACCUGCAAGUUUACCAGGAAAUGUGGUUUCCUGUGGCUGUAGUUGCUGGAAUCAGCAUGUUGUUGAUUGUAUUUGCUAUUGCUUGCCUGCUUAUYUGUCGCAAACGAGUUGAGCAAGCAGACGAAGAGGAACAGAAAKCAAAACAGACKCCAGAUUCUGAGUUUGUUUAUCCAACAAUUCAUCCAGUACAAACCAUGCCAGCCAGCAUGAUUCARCCAGGAAGUGGCCAAGUUUAUACUAUAUCAGGAAUACCACUSAAGCCAAGAAAAUGGAAAGGUUCUCAGAUGUCUUUGUUAGAUAGACGUGGCUCAACAGCAUCUCUUGUACUUGAUUUAAAUGUUGGCAUUCCAUCAAAGUCAUUCAAUUCAUUCAAAGAAAAAUCACUCAGCAGUUUGCUGACAAAARGCUUGGAUAAUGAUGCAUUUCCUGGCUCAAAAUGCAAUAUAUUACACAAUACACCUAUAAGCAAAGCAAAAGUCCAACUUGAAGUCUUCUGUCAAAAUGGCAAGAGGGAAACCACAUAUAUACCUGCUCCAUCCCUGUUGAAAUCACUGGACUCCCCACAGAUGAAGCCAUUUAUCAAAAAAUUUAACAUAACAGCRUAUGGGGUGAAGAACCCACCAGAGAUCAACCUGCAAGUUUACCAGGAAAUGUGGUUUCCUGUGGCUGUAGUUGCUGGAAUCAGCAUGUUGUUGAUUGUAUUUGCUAUUGCUUGCCUGCUUAUYUGUCGCAAACGAGUUGAGCAAGCAGACGAAGAGGAACAGAAAKCAAAACAGACKCCAGAUUCUGAGUUUGUUUAUCCAACAAUUCAUCCAGUACAAACCAUGCCAGCCAGCAUGAUUCARCCAGGAAGUGGCCAAGUUUAUACUAUAUCAGGAAUACCACUGAAGCCAAGAAAAUGGAAAGGUUCUCAGAUGUCUUUGUUAGAUAGACGUGGCUCAACAGCAUCUCUUGUACUUGAUUUAACUUCCUCAACGACANUCUGCACGGAUCCUGAUAUUAUUAAGUUUAAGUUAUAUGAUGACUACAAAAGUCCGUUAUCUUGUACUAUUAACGAUUUUUGGAGAAUGAUAUGGUAUCAUCACUGUCCAAUCAUUGUCAUGAUUACAAAAUUAAAAGAAAGAAAUGAGACAAAAUGUGAGAGAUACUGGCCAGAUCCUACUUUCAGAAUGCAAGAGAAAUAUGGAGAUGUAGUGGUAACAUUUGACUCUGCACUUGGUAGAGAUGGCUACCAGAUAACUUCAUUAUAUAUUAGUCACUCACAGUCUUUAGAAGCUCCUCGUCGUGUUUAUCAUUACUGGUAUACUGCCUGGCCUGAUCAUGGAGUUCCAGAUUCCCCCAGACAGUUAUUACAAUUAGUAGAUGARGUACACUUAGCACAAGAGAGAGAAGGUGGCAAAAGUGGACCUGCCGUUGUCCAUUGUAGUGCUGGUAUUGGUCGAACAGGAUGUUUUACUGCAACUAGUAUAGGCAUUAAACAAAUUCAGAGUGAAAAUUGUAUAGAUAUUUUAAAAAUUGUUUGUCUUAUGAGAAUUGACCGGGGUGGAAUGGUAGAAACAGAUUCACAAUAUGAGUUUGUAUAUCGUACUCUUCAUCACCAUUGGACACAGUUACGGAGCGGUCAUGGCCGUAAAACAAGUGACACUGUGUUGGAAGCCAUGUUUGAAGAUAAGUAAAGUGCUUGGGUUCCCUGUGUUCUUUGAGGUGGAAUCUUGCUUCUGCUCGUCCUUAUGUUAUAGGGGUGCGCCAGCUCUUCAGCAWUAAAGCAUUAAAGCACAAAUGACAGAUUAAUGUUUUGAAGUAGGUAAAACAGUAGAUUUGUGUUGGAUCAAAUUCAUGGGUAUUUGUUGCUGAAUDGUAUUUGGGAUGACAGAAUUCAAAUUAGACAAAUUAUAAUUCCAACAAUUUUACAUUUCUCUAAGAAUAUUGUAGUUUUAUUCCAUGCUGGUCAUGGGUUUCAAUWAUCAUGGUUUCCAGAAAUUUUUGCUUUUCUGCAGCAUUUUAUUUAUGAAGCCAAGGCAUAAAUUAAAUUUCUAAAAACCAACUUUCAAUGUGUACAAAGAUAAAGCUAUUGUGGUAUUCCUGUAUCUUCUUUGACAGAGGUUUACUGGACACUAUUAAUACAACUGAUCAAAAUGCAAAUUCUCUUGAGUUAAUAUCUAUUCUUUUAGGAGAAUUUUGAAAUUGACGAGAGCUACAAUAUGUUUCCAUAUUCACUUCGUUUAACGUUCGUGUGUUUGGGAAUGUGCACUGGUUUUWAAAGGUGGAAUUAUUUUAUUCCAUUGUACAGUAAUUAGCUAGUCGUCAACAGACAUUAUAGCGUUAAAGGCCAUACAUGUAUAUCUAUGAACAAAGGAAAUUUUAAUGGCUACUUGACGUAGGUUGUCCACAUAGCCAAAUUUAGUGUUUGAACUGAGCUUUUGACUGUUUCAUUUCCAUAGACUCAUGAUGUGCAAUAGCCGACUUUAGAUAUUUUGGUUUAGUGACCAUGCACAAAAGAAUUGUAGAUGAGGCUCCGGGGAAAUAAAAGAAGAUAUUAAUAAGAUUACCAAUUAUUUCCCCAGAACUUAAUCUGCGAUUCUUUUGUAGAGUGCACUUCACAUUGCUAAAUAAGAUUUAGUUAUCAACUAACUAAGAAUUCAACAAAGCAUAAACACAAUGCCAAUUAUUUUAAU